AUGAAAGCUGUAUCUGAUCCAAAUUCAAUGUAUGCCGUUAUUUAUAAGCGAGCCUUUAGUAUUGUUAGAGAUCCUUUAGUUUAUUUAUUUCCAGCGUAUACACGUAUCCCUUCUAGAUUUAUUCCUUAUCGUAAUCGUGCUCGUCAAGCAAAUGAACAUCUUCGAAAGUUAUUAUCGGAUAUUAUUAUGGACCGUAAACGUCUUAUUCAUGAAAAUAAAAUUGAUAUGGAUGAUCCAAAGAAAAAACCUGAUUUACUUACUCUCAUGAUUAUGGCCGCUGAAGAUCCUACAAAUACGCAUAAUAAAUUUUAUCUAACUGAUGGUGAAUUAGUUUCAAAUCUUGCUGUAUUUUUUGUUGCAGGAGAUUCUCCUGAAGAUAUUAUUCCAACAGACUUAGAACUCAAACAAAUGAAAUAUUUAAAUAAUUGUAUUCUGGAAACUAUGCGAAUUAAUCCUCCUACUUCAGGUAAUCUCCCUCGUAUAGUAACAAAGGACACAAAUAUAGGUGGAUUCUUUAUUCCAAAAGAAACAAGAGUAGCUAUCGAGCUUUACUGUACUCAUCAUUUGAAUAAUUAUUGGGAUGCUCCUGAAAAAUUCAAUCCAGACAGAUUUGAUCAACAAAACUCAAGCUUUCGCAGUGAAGCUGUCUGGAUGCCAUUUGGAGACGGACCUAGGACAUGCAUUGGCAAAAAUUUUAGUAUGUCAGAACAAAGAGUAGUUCAAGCAAUGUUUUUAAAGAGAUAUACUUGGAAACUUGUACCCAAUAGUGAGCAUGAAUUUGGUUUAAAGAAUGCAAGUGGAGGAGGUAUUGGAUUAUUAGGCCCUGAAUCAUUAAAAAUUCAGUUAACAAAAAGAUACACUUAA